CGUAACAGCUGCUUAGUAUAGCCCCAGUUUCAUGGCAUUCAUAUCGCAAACUCUCGUGUAUCAAUUGCUGUUUUCUUCACAUUCUCCAUAGAUGUAAUUGUCCAAUUUGUCCUGCAAAGUGUAAUCGUUAUGGCAAUUCCCCGCAUGUACUCCCGCUACUCAAGGGCAUUUGGGCCUGGCUUUUGGAGAUAUCCCUGCCUUGCAGCUUCAAGGAGCCAGCGUCGUCAGAUAUUCUCAUUCAAUUUCAGGUCGUCAGAGAACGCGAGAGGAUGGAGGCCGGUCGUGGCCUUCUCAAUUGCAGCAGCAGCAAUGGGUGCUUCGCUGCAUGCUCUGACCUCAGAGCCCGUCAGGCUCGAUGCGCCCUCGAUUGCUGCUCUCGAUGAUAAAACAAAGCGCGGGGGCACCAUAACCUCCUCAUCGCCCAUGCGUCUUCGCAUGGAAAAGCUUAUAAAGGACCACCAGAAGAAAAUCGUAGAUGAGCUGUCGCGCAUAGACGGGAAGAACUUCAUCGUUGACGAAUGGAACCGACCCAAUGGUGGUGGUGGUAUCUCCUGCGUCCUUCAAGAUGGCAACGUCUUUGAAAAAGCUGGCGUCAAUGUCUCCGUCGUAUACGGCCAAUUACCACGCCCGGCCAUUGAGAAGAUGCGCGCGGACCAUAAAUCGUUCGUCGCUACGGACGUGGACUCGCUAGACUUUUUUGCUGCCGGGCUCUCUCUAGUCCUACACCCCAAAAAUCCAAUGGCUCCGACAGUCCACCUAAACUACCGCUACUUCGAAACUUCAGACCCCAAAGAUCCCAUCCACGGACCGAAGAACUGGUGGUUCGGCGGAGGCACAGACCUAACCCCAUCAUACAUCUUCCCCGAAGACUGCAAGCACUUCCACCAAACAAUCAAAGACGUCUGCGACAAACAUGACCCCAGCUACUACCCCAAAUUCAAAAAAUGGUGCGACGACUACUUCUACAUCCCGCACCGCCACGAAGCCCGCGGCAUCGGCGGGAUCUUCUUCGACGACCUUGACGCUGAAUUUCUGGCCCACUCCACCUCCCACUCCUCGACAAACCCACAAGAGACCCUCUUCGCGUUCGUUUCUGACGCCCUCGCCUCAUUCUUGCCGUCUUACGUUCCCAUCGUCGAACGCAGGAAGGACAUGCCGUUCACCCAAGCUGAGAAGGACUGGCAGCAGCUACGUCGCGGGCGCUACGUCGAGUUUAAUCUUGUGUAUGACCGCGGGACCAGCUUCGGGCUGCGUACCCCGAGCGCGAGGGUGGAAAGUAUCUUGAUGAGUCUUCCCAGAACGGCGGAGUGGGUGUACAUGGAUCCAAUCUCUGGGACGAAGAUGGGUGAGGAGAAGAAGGUUGUUGGGGAGGAAGUCGGCGGCGAGGAGAAGAAGAGGGAGAGAGAGCUGAUGGAUGUCUUGAAGUAUCCCCGGGAAUGGGUGUGAUGCUCACAUUUCGAGCUACGAGGCGUUCUGGGCUUCUGUGGUUGAUUUCCUUUUUUUUUUUUUUUUUUUUUUUGGAUAGUUCGAGUCUAGCCACUGGGGACGCGGCCCGUGGGAGUGUAUGAUACGAGGGAUAGUUUUUAUUGGUAUAGACAGUGACCUAUGUUGAGAGAACGGAGUUUCUCGUAUUUGGA